AUGGCCCAAUAUGUCGAGCUUCACAAAAUCGCGAAUCUUCGUGGCGCAGGCGACGCUCGUCCCACAGCCCUCCAAGUCAUUCGCGACGAGGGUCUGACCGGCAAGUUGACUGACAAAGUCUUCCUUAUCACAGGAGUUUCUUCGGGUCUAGGUAUCGAAACACUCCGGGCGCUGCACACAACCGGCGCCCACGUAUUCGGAACCGUGCGCAACAUACCAAAAGGCCAAGCUGUCGUCGACAAGAUCCUCGCAGAAAAACAUGCCGAAGGCGGGAAGAUCGACCUAAUCGAGAUGGAACUAGACAGCUUCGCCAGCAUCCGCAAAGCCGCCAAAGAGAUUCUCACCAAGACCAACGGAAAGCUCAACGCUAUCAUCGGCAACGCAGGCGUAAUGGCCACACCGUACGGCAAAACCAAAGACGGCUACGAAACCCAAUUCGGCACCAACCACCUUGGUCACUUCCUCCUCUUCCACCUCCUCAAAGACGCUCUCCUCUCAUCCGCAACACCCGAGUACCCCAGCCGCUACGUCAGCCUCAGCAGCAUGGCACACAUCUGGUCUACCGUGCACCUCUCCGACUACAAUUACGAAAAGACGGCAUACGAACCGUGGAACGCCUACGGCCAAUCCAAAACAGCAAACAUCUGGUUCGCAAACUCCAUCGAGCGGCACUACUCAUCCCGCCAUCUCCACGCUACGUCUGUGCAUCCGGGCGGUAUUAUCGAGGGGUCUGGACUCGGGGUGCAUGUCUCCGAAGAAACCAAACAAGCGAUGUUUGGGGACCCGGAGAUAUUGAGGACGUUCAAGGAUGUGGGGCAGGGGGCUGCGACGCAGGUUUAUGCGGCGGUGGGUAAGGAGUGGAAGGACAAGGGUGGGAGGUAUUUGGCUAGUCUGGCGGAGAUGGGGACAAGAGAGGAGGAGGCGGGGAAGGAGAGGAUGUAUGAGAGUGCUAAUGAGGGGUAUGCGGCGUGGGCGUAUGAUGAGGAGGGUGAGGAGAGGUUGUGGAGGGAGAGUUUUGGGAUGGUGGGGCUUGAGGAGUUGUGA